CAUCGCCUCUCGAUUUUUGCGUCCCCGUCCAGAAUUGAGCCGGCGAGCAACACGAGAAGAAGUUCAGCUGGUGCACAGUUCCGAAUUGUUGGACAAUGUUCACACGGUCUGCACAGGACAGUCGGGGGAAAACUUUGCUGGUUACCGAGUGUUCUCGGAUACUUUUGAAGCCGUUUAUGUCAACGAACAUUCCGAGCGAUGCGCAUUGCUCGCAGCGGGAAGUGCCAUCGAGCUGGUCGAUGCAGUGUACCUGGGAACGUUAGAUAACGGUUUUGCGGCAAUACGGCCUCCAGGCCACCACGCUUCGUAUUCAGAAAGUAAUGGAUACUGUAUCUACAACAAUGUCGCUAUUGCUGCUAGACAUCUGACUGAAAAUCGCGGUGCAAAAAGGUAA